UAUACAUAACCACGCCUUGGUGCGGGUGUGAAGAAGAAUAAGCAAAACCCCCGACAGAGAAAAAGGAAAUCCCCACCGUCCCAGCAUCGACGCUUCCAUUUGCAACACCAACAAAAAAGAAAAGCGACCAAAACCUACCGAGUAGCAGCACUGUAACAGUAUGUGUGAAUCGACGGCUAUUCCUGCUUCGUUGACUCCUUUCUUCACAUGAUGUGAUGUGUAUAUAUGACCCUUCCCUUUCUGCUCUUCUCUUCUGCAGAUCUGUGAUUUCUCUGUAAAAAAGAAGCUUAUUCUCUUUUCCUCUCCCUCUUCUCUUCCAUGCCGUGACUACUCAGUACUCACUUCCAACCACCGAACGCCUCGCCGUGCUCGUUCUUUCAUGGAACAGCAUUCGGUUCAACGAAUCGUCGUCGUUUGUGUAACCGUCUCCUUGUUCUCCCUCUCACUCCUUGCCGUUUCAACAGGUUUUGCUGGUGGGAGGACACUUUCGGGAACCAUGGUCUCCCUGUCAUCGCGUCGUGUAGAGGAAGGGAACAGGAAGCUCCAUAGCUCGCAUCGCAAACUUCUUACUAGCGGGAAUGGAAAGAUGGAACCGAACCGAAUAUGGGGUGAGAAAUGCAGCAAGUCUGAUAUAGUGAUAAACCAGGGCCCUACGGCCCCACUCCCAAGUGGCAUUCCCACAUACACGGUGGAGAUCAUGAACAUGUGCGUGAGUGGAUGCGACAUCUCUGGCAUUCACCUGAGGUGCGGCUGGUUCAGCUCUGCACGCCUCAUCAACCCCAAGGUCUUUAAGCGCCUCCGUUACAACGAUUGCCUCGUCAAUGAUGGCAGACCUUUGAUCAACGGUGCCACCAUUUCAUUCCAAUAUGCCAACACCUUUCUCUACCCUCUUUCCGUUUCCUCUGUCAUCUGUGUCUGAUCAUCAUCAUGAUCAUAACAACAAUCCUCUCUCUUGUCCCACAACUUCAUUCUUUUCACCUGUACAUACAGAUUUUAGAUACGUAUCUGCGGACAACACCUUGUGCACGUGAUGGGUCUUUCCAAUGUGAUGCUUACGAUUUUUUGAUAGAAAGGAAAAUAGGCUAGGAGUGAGGUUUUUUUA